UAUAACCUGCGAGGCAUCAAAGCGGCCGGAAUUCCCCAAAGAAAAGAAAGCCCUUGUGUUGAGUGCAAAGCGAAGGCAUGGGGUUGACGAAUUUCGUGUUGACCGUGGCGGGUGUAAGCGCGGUUGUGCUUUUGCUCCGGAGUGACGUCAAGCAAUCUGCCUCCAUCUUCCGCCGCAACAUCAAGCACAUUCGCAACUGGCUUGAAGAAGAAUCUGCCGCCUCUUCCAAGUCAAUGGAGAAGUCCACUCCCAAAGAACUUGAUUCAAAGGUUCCUCCUAAAAACAUUCAUAAGGAGGACAAACAUUAAUGUUUAUACAGGUGAUGCGGAUGUUACUGCAGUAAUUGUGUUUUUGUGUUUCUAACUGUCUUUUAAUGAAUACAUGUUUUUGAGUCUAUACUACAUAUUACUCUUGAAUAAAAAA